AUGAAGGUAUUAGGUCUCCGCCACUCAUGUUGCAAAGGCCCUGUUGGCCUCUCCGUGGUGAUAGCCGCCCUCGAGGUCCUGGAAGGGUCGAAGCUCCCCUCUCCCUCUUCCAAAAAGCCCGGCAUCCUCUCCACCCUGUUCCCCGCGUCCGGCACGCCCUCCCUUCUUUCCUCGCUUCUAGAGGCCGGGGGGGACAAAGGGGGCGAGUGGGAGAUUGUUUUCUCCUCCCUCCUAGGAGCCGGCUAUAUGCCUGCCCUCGUAUGCGAGGUGGUGUCCGUAAGCGCCUUGUCCUCUCCCUCCUCCUCUCCCUCCUCCUCGCCCUCGGCUCCACUCCCUGCGUCUCGCCCCAUCCGUAUUGACACCUCAGCAGCGGGCGGCCUUCUGCCCCUGGGAUGUGUCGUGGGAGACUAUGUAUUGCAUGCGCAAGGAGUAGCACUGGGGGCCUGACUUUGAUGCUUGUUAAUUCUGAAAGAUAAAAUUAGAGGCAGGGUGAUAAACAUCUAUGACGUCGAUGAGGCUUGUUGCAAACGAA